UCGACCUUGUUAGUCUCGGUCUUCUUCCUGUCACUGCAUGGCCGUGAUAUAACCUUUUCAGAGCUGGUCCUUCACUCUAACCCACGUGCCCUGACUUGACCCGGUUGGCUGGCACCACCGGAUGAACCCUCCGCUUCACUACCGACCCUUCCAUCGAGAGGCUUGAACGGAGCUCUCGGUUACUCUUGGCGAUCUCGCGUGCAGACCUUUCAUAUAUUUAUAAGCAUGCGCUAUCCGUUCCUUCAAAGUUUUGGUUUUGCCUCCUGUGCGUAGUCGCUGUUGUGCUUCUCAUCUCACCACUCUUCGCCAUGUCGCCCAUUUCCAGCCUGGCCCUUAAGGCCGCUCUCCUGCUCCCUCUCGUGAGUGCUGCUUCAUGCAGCAAUGAGACCUACACGCACAAUGGCCUCACCUGGUCUCGCGGUAUCCGCAUGAACCAGGUCCAGGUCGUUGGCACACACAACUCGUACCAUCGCGAGGCACCCCUUGAGGAGCAUCCGACCCAGGCGAUGAUGCUUCCCAACGUCCAGAACUACUACUACUCCCACCCGUCCCUCGACAUUCAGCUCAACUAUCAGUCUAUUCGCAACCUCGAGCUCGACAUCUUCGCCGAUCCCGAAGGCGGCCACUACGCCACGCCCCUCAUCCGCAAGCUCGCGAACCUUUCCACGACUCCAGACCCCGAUCUCCUCGCCCCGGGAAUCAAAGUCCUGCACGUCGCCGAUGCAGACUACCAUCCCACCUGCAAAACAUUCAUUGGGUGCUUGAACAUCGUCAAGAAGUGGAGCCAGGCACACCCUGACCAUGUCCCCAUCCCCUUCAUGAUCGAGUUCAAAACCUCCGAAGCCGCCUUCGCGGCAAUCGGCGGCGCGUCUCCAAUCCCCUGGAACGACACGACACUUCUCAAGGGCCUCGACGAUGAGAUCCGCAGUGUCUUUGCGCCCGAGGACCUUGUUACCCCGGACGACAUCCGUAGGAGCAACUUGACGCUGGAGCAGUCCGUCUUGCAGUAUGGGUGGCCCGACUUGGAGAGUGCCCGUGGUCGCGUGCUCUUCCUGAUGGACAAUGGGCCCGUCAACCCCAUCCGUGACUCUUACACCGAGGGCCGACCUAACCUUGAAGGCCGUGUUCUCUUCACAAACUCUGCGCCCGGAAACUCUGACUGCGCGUUCCAAAAGCUCAAUGACCCCACCGGCACCGAACAGGCCAACAUCCAGGCGCAGGUCAAGGCGGGCUACUGGGUCCGCACACGCGCCGACAUCCCGCUCGAUACGCUGCUGUCCAACGACACAACGGGGAUGCGUGAGGAUGCGUUCUCCAGCGGUGCGCAGAUCGUGUCGACCGAUUUCCAGGCCUACGGCAUGAGCAGCCGCUGGAACGUCGACUAUGCCGUGCGCUUCGAAGGUGGUGCGGCGGUGCGGUGCAACCCCAUCAACGGGCCCGCCGACUGCGCGAGCGAGGCGUUGGAGCCGAUUUCAUAUGUCCGCAACUAGAUGAAGUUUACUUCAAUGUUGGUGAGAUAAGGUGUUUUCUAAUAGUGUAAUAGUAAUAGCAUAAUGAAGCAAUUCGAAGGGCUGGUGCACGUGGACGCUAUCGAUUGACUGUGGAUGGAAUUGAAGAAGCUUCCCC